UUUAUUAAAACCGAUUUUAAAAAAUCGAGAUGAAUACUUUUUUAAAAAAUUUAUAAAAAGACUAGCCUCUACUGGUAUUUGUUCAUUGAAGUUUUUAGGAUGACAAUCUUGAUAUAAAUACGAAAAAUAAAAUAGAGUUACAUUGGAAGAAGAAAGUUAAUUUCGAUUUAUAUGAUGAAAAUGAUGACAAAAAGGAUAAGUUUUAUGUUCUUUCCAUGUUUCCUUAUCCUUCUGGAAAUCUUCAUAUGGGCCAUGUCAGAGUUUAUACCAUCAGUGAUGUUAUAGCACGUUUUUAUAAAAUGGCAGGUAAAAAUGUGAUUCAUCCUAUGGGAUGGGAUGCAUUUGGUCUACCUGCUGAAAAUGCAGCUAUUGAACAACAAAUUGACCCUAGCAAAUGGACUAGGAGUAAUAUAAAUACAAUGCGCAAGCAAUUAAAUGCUCUUAAUUUUUCAUUCGAUUGGAACCGAGAAAUUUCGACUUGCGAUCCUGAAUAUUAUAGAUGGACUCAAGAAUUAUUUUUAAAACUUCUUGAAAAAGGUUUAGUUUAUCGAAAAGAAGAAUAUGUUAAUUGGGAUCCUAUUGACAAAACUGUACUAGCAGAAGAACAAGUUGAUGUAAAUAAUAAGUCUUGGAGGUCUGGAGCUACAGUAGAAAAGAAAUUAUUAAAUCAGUGGUUUAUCAGAACUACAGCUUUCGCAAAAUCUUUAUUGGAUGGAUUAAAAGAUCCGACAUUAAAAGAAUGGAAAGAUAUUAUAAAAAUUCAACAAAAUUGGAUAGGUGAUUGUAAUGGUGUAAGUUUUGACUUCAAAUUAGUUUCGGAUAUUUCUGAAUUCCCUAAAAUUAUAAAUCUGUGGACUGAUAAGCCAGAAUUUAUCAAAUUUGCAAAAUUUGUUGUUAUUUCUCCUAGUAACAUAUUAAAUCAACAACAAUACGCAGAAAGUGUUAACGCAACGACUAAAAAACUGAAAGCUACUGUAAUAAAUCCUUUUACUGAAAAAGAAUUACCUAUAUUUAUAUCAGAAGAAUUAGUUUUUCCACAAUUAAGAGAUAAUCAUUUAGGUAUUCCUUCUGCUUCCAUGGAAGAUUACAAAUUUGCAGAAUCUGUGAAAAUUCCAUUCCAACGACACAAUAUACGUUCUCAUUUAGAACUGCAGAAUGAACUUGAUGACGUAUUAAUUAAGGCAAAGAAAUGGAAUAUUGGUGGAUAUGUAGUAAGUUCUAAAUUGAAGGAUUGGCUGAUUUCUAGACAAAGAUAUUGGGGCACACCUAUUCCAAUUGUAUAUUGUCACAAUUGUGGUAUUCAACCUGUGCCACGCAGUCAGCUACCUGUUACAUUGCCAAACAUUAAUUUUAACUUAAAAGAAAAAAGUCAUUUUACUUUACUCGAUGCCAAAGAAUGGUUAGAGACUGUGUGUCCAAAAUGUGGUAAUCAUGCAAUCAGAGAAACUGAUACAAUGGAUACAUUUGUAGAUAGUUGUUGGUACUUUUUAAGAUACAUCGAUGCAAAAAAUAACGAAAAAAUAUUUUCUCCGGAAAAAGUCAAAAAAUCUUUACCUGUUGAUUUAUAUAUAGGCGGAAAGGAACAUGCUAUGCUUCAUUUAUAUUAUGCUCGAUUUAUGAACCACUUUUUAUACGAGGAGGGUCUUGUUCCAACACGUGAACCAUUUAAGCAACUUCUCGUACAGGGCAUGGUAAUGGGAAAAACUUAUCAAAUCUCUGAUACUAAACAGUAUAUAAAAGAAAGUGACGUUAUUAAAAAUGAAAUGGAUAACAAGUAUACAGAAAAAAGUACUGGAAGACUUGUUACAGUUACUUGGGAGAAAAUGUCUAAAUCAAAACACAAUGGAAUUGAUCCUCUUGAACUUUUAAAAUCCUAUGGUAUAGAUACGACUAGAUUAUUAAUAUUGGCUGAUGUAGCUCCAACUUCGCAUAGAAAUUGGUCGACUGACACUAUUCGCGGUAUACAAAACUGGCAAAAUCGUAUAUGGAAGAUCCUGAAAGAAUUUAUUAAAAUGAGAGAAAAUUUAUCAUUAGAAGAACUUCAGAAAGCACCUAUUGAUCCUAAAUACGUUAAGGAUGACGAAUACAUGUUUGAUAGUAGAAAUUAUUUUCUAAAAACAGUUACUUUUAAUAUCACAGGAUCGCAGCAGAUAAGCGUUGCAAUAUCUAGAAUGCAAGGACUUACAAAUAGCUUACAAAAAGUAUGCAGUGAGUGCAAAUUAAAAAGUCGCGAAUAUGAACGAGCAUUAGCUGCACAAAUAAUUAUGCUUGCACCGUUAACUCCACAUUUCGCUUCAGAAUUAUGGACUGCAUUUUGUUCUAUAUCGAAUCAUCUUAUGAAUAAAGAGGAAGUUCUAUUGGAUAAAGAUGUAUUAGAGCAAAAGUGGCCUGAAAUAGAUAUGGAUUAUAAAAUGGAAAUGAAAAUUCAUGUAAAUAAAAAUUUGAUCGGGAAAAUAAAAAUUCCUCGUUAUACUUUGGAUAAAUUAACUGCGCAGGAAGCUUCAGAAUUAAUAAUAACUGAACCCUUAUAUAAAAAGUUUAUAAAAAACCAUACGAUCACAGAUGUUAAGCUCCUUUCACAGACAGGCUGUGAUGCAAAUUUGUAUGUCAGUACGAAUAAAAUAUCAGAGGAAAUUUCAGGUUAAUAAUUCUGAAAUAUUUUUGUAAUCAUAUGAUAAAAAGAAUAAAAUAAAACGAGAAGAAAAAGAAGAUCAAAGAAAAGAAGAGAAGAGG